AUUGCAUUAUGGGAGACAGAUGAUUGACACGGGCGCCAUUUUGCUCCCGCUCUGGCUGCUUCCAUUGUGUGGGAGAUAGUAAAUAUCUGACACUGCCAGACAACCAGAACAUACUUGUAUUCUUGCGAAGAAAAGGCGCAAAAUUCACCCCCGGUGAUACUCUGUCGUAAUGGCUCGUACCAAGCAGACCGCCCGUAAGUCCACUGGAGGAAAGGCUCCUCGUAAGCAGCUGGCCACCAAGGCUGCCCGCAAGAGCGCCCCCUCCACAGGUGGCGUCAAGAAGCCUCAUCGUUACAGGCCCGGUACCGUGGCUUUGAGAGAGAUCCGCCGGUACCAGAAGUCCACUGAGCUUCUGAUCCGUAAGCUGCCCUUCCAGCGCCUGGUGAGGGAGAUCGCUCAGGACUUCAAGACUGACCUGCGUUUCCAGAGCGCUGCCAUUGGAGCUCUGCAGGAGGCUAGUGAGGCGUACCUGGUGGGUCUGUUUGAGGACACUAACCUGUGUGCCAUCCACGCCAAGCGUGUCACUAUCAUGCCCAAAGACAUCCAGCUGGCACGUCGUAUCCGUGGAGAGCGCGCUUAGUCCGCCUUCCUGAUGUUUCAUCUCUGUCCUGUUUUUCUUUACCUAUCCCUGCCUUCACUCCUUCAUCUUACCCCGUCCCACCUCCACCUGUCCCUGGUCCCCUCCCUCCCCGGCCUGCCCAGCUUCUCGGUAGACUUUAGAGUAAUCAUGAUUAUGAAGAGAUAGAAAUAUGUUGAAGUCUGAUCGAUUUUUCUUUUUUGUCUUCACCAAAUGUUUUAGGGUACCUUUUUCGUGCAUGUAAAGGUUUUGCAGAUCAGAUGCACAUGUGCACACACACGCAAGCAUGCAUCACUGGGUUUGG